UGCAUCAAGACUGCAUGGCGUCAGCACCCACCGUCAUCGAUCUGGAAAGAAAGCCAUCUUUGCUGCAGCGACUAUUUCCAAGCUGCGCAAACUUCUCAAGUGCACGACGCCAUUGGAGCCAUUGGAGAGCGAAGGGGCGUUGCGUUGAUGAGCCGUGGCCGGCUAGUGUGAUCAGAAUAAAAUCAACACAUCCGGCUGUAUCGCAGUUUCGUCAGACCGCGCAACUCGGCUGCCUAUCUAGUCGCAAUGCGGGCGACAAUGGGAAGGUGACUAUUGAGGCUUUACCGAUUACCGUCACGAGUAUCUCGAUACAGACGGUCGGAGUUCCUCACGCGCAGGCCGACAACAAGGCGGUCGAUCAGGCGACGUCUUCGUGCCCUACAGCGACAAACACAGUGAAAGUACCGCGCAAUGAAGCUGCACGGUCGCGUGAUGUUGGCGGUCACGGUGCCUCUUACUUGCAGGAGCAUGUCGCUCCUCAUCGCUCUUCUCUGGGUUGUAAGCAGUUGCAGAACAGUCCUGUUGCUGCUAACAAGCGUGCGUCUCGUCCGUCCUCCGCCCCUAGCGGCCUAAACAGAUCAGAGAGAGAGAGAAACGCUAACUCGUGCUUUUUUAUAUGCAAACCAGCUGUUUGCCAUCCAAGACCUCCGAGCAAGCAGAUUUCAGUAGAGUGUACGGAUGACUCUUUUCCCUACCCUUCUCCUCUUCCUCUUCCUCCCAGUCAAUUGGAUAUUGCUGAACAAUUCGAGGAGAGAAUGAGUGAGCUCGCUCGACUGCAGCGAGAAACAGUUUUGUAUGAAAAACACCAACGUCACACUAGACAGCUCCAUCGUUCUGUAUCGAAACAGAGCCUCACAAAGGCGUCGAGCUACCAGACAGGAAACGCGACUCAGAGCAGAGGGAAAAGGUCGGAGAAACGAGGAUCUUGUACGAGUCUGGAUGCGUUCAGUAAUGCUGCCCUGGCGCAGCAACGACAACUCGCGUCGGUAUCGUCGCCUCACAUCGGCUCUCAAUCUCGCAGACAUUCUGUGUCAUCGCGACCGAGUCAAACAGGCAGCAGAAGCAAAUCAAAGAGACAUAAACGAUCACUCAGACGGCACAGUGUAGCUCCAUAA